UUAAAGCCCGCCAAAAUUCAAGUUGCCUUUUCUCUCUGCAAGAGGAGUAAGUAAGGCAUUAUGGCAGCCGCGGCAAUGGGCGGUGGUGGAGGUCAUCCUUCAGAUUUCACAGAUCCAGACGCCGAAAACCCCGAAAACCUCGUAGCAAAAUUCCAAAUUCUUGCCGCAGAAGGGGAUCUCCUUGCCCAACGUGGAGCAUGGGGUCCAGCCAUAGACGCCUAUACCCGCGCACUCGCCAUUCGCCCCACAGACAAGCAUUGUCUCGUCUCCCGUUCCCGAUGUCACAUCAAUGCUGGAAACGGAAGACCCGCACUGCUUGAUGCCGAAGAAGCAUUGAAACAAGAUCCUGAUUUCUUCAAAGGAAUAUAUCAGAAAGCAGAAGCUUUGUAUGCAAUAGGUGAUUUCGAAACGGCACUUGUGUUUUAUCACCGAGGAAAUAGGCUUCGACCAGAACUCGAUGAGUUUCGAACAGGUAUUCAAAAGGCGCGUGAGGCUAUCGAAAAUGGAAUCGGGAACCCGAAGGAGACCAAAAUUCAGGUACCCCAGAAUCUGCGAAAGGCCCUUGCGGCAGCGGCAGCAGUAGAAGCGGAAGCAGCUGCAGAUCCGUCAACGCGAAAGGCUGCUGCUGCUGCACGCGGCACUGAAGGGAGGGGAAUUGCUUUUGUUCAGCAGCAUCAACAGGAGCAAAAGUCCUCCCUCAGUCCUGCACUUGAAAAUAAGCUCCUGGGCGAACUAUACGAAGACAAAAUGUACCUGGAGGAGCUGUUAUCUGAUAAGGACUUCACAGAGUGUCCUGAUGAGCAAGUGAUGAGUCUGGUUGCAGAUGGGAUCCGAUAUCUUCAGACGCGAAUUGACUUUUGGAGGCAGCAGAAUCCGCUUUAUGCACGUCCUAAGGAGAAGCGGAUCAAACCGAGGAUGGAGAAAGGUGGACUCAAGCCUCGGAUGCACACGGCGGAAAGGGAAGGUACCCCGAAGGAAGUACACGCGCGGGGGAAGGCUGGACCAUUAGCGGGACAGGGACGCAAAAGUGAGAGCCGUGCAACAGCAACGCGGCAACAGGUGGCGGUGUAAAGACGUCCAGACUACCAAUUGAUGUGGUUAAAAUGUAUUUUGCAAUGAUACAGAGCAUCUACCUCUAUGUACA